GGAUCACCACAGCAGCGGUGUGUGUGUACCCGUCCCGUGUGGCUGACGCCGUCAAAUCUCUGAAGGCAGCCAACUCCAGCCUACCUGUGGCCUCAGUGGCCACUGGUUUCCCAGCAGGCCAGACGCCUCUGGAGACGCGCCUGCAGGAAGUCCUCCUGGCAGUCGGAGACGGUGCAGCGGAAAUCGACAUCGUCAUCAACAGGACGCUGGCGCUCAGCGGACAGUGGGAAGCUGUGUACAGCGAGCUUCGGCAGUUUCGAGAGGCCUGUGGUGAAGCUCACAUGAAGGCCAUCCUGGCUACUGGAGAGCUGGGAACCUUCACCAACAUCUACAAGGCCAGCAUGGUGGCCAUGAUGGCUGGUUCAGACUUUAUUAAGACUUCUACAGGGAAGGAGUCUGUCAAUGCGACGUAUCCAGUUGCUGUCGUGAUGCUCAGAGCCAUCCGGGACUAUUAUUUACUGACGGGCCACAAGGUGGGCUUCAAACCAGCAGGGGGGAUCCGAACAGCGCAGGAGGCUCUGGUGUGGCUAACUCUGGUUAAAGAGGAGCUGGGCAACGACUGGCUCCGUCCUCACCUGUUCCGCCUGGGAGCUAGCAGCCUGUUGGCAGACAUCGAAAGGCAGAUCUACCAUCACGUGACGGGACGGUACGCUGCCUUUCACGAGCUGCCCCUGGCUUAGAGUCCUGGUCCGGGUACCAAACACUCCCGGAGACUGGUUUCCCAAGGAAGGAAUAAAUGAGUCAAAAUAAAGCGUCUGCAGCGAUCUAAAGUUACGGAGUUAUUUUUGUGUUCAGAAACUUCUCUCAGGAAUUCUGAGUUUUCAUCCUGUCAGAAACAACAAAAAACUAACUAACAACAAUAAACUAGAUUUCUGAAGAGGUUUUGAAGCUGCCCAACAUUCCAACAUCAUUUUCUAAU